AUGUCACGUACCAGGGCCGCAUAUUACAGUAAAAGAAACCGUAUUGAAAGGACCGCUUCCAAACGUUGGCGCGGCUCCAUACGACGUCUGAUAGCGGCCACUGUAUUUCGUCGCUCGUCAUCACGGCGCGCGCUCCUCUCAUGUGUGGUGGUGGUCUCCGCUGCUGCUGGUUCGGGUGCUGGUGCUGUCAACAGCUUCGCAGCAGCAGUCGUGAGGCAUUCAGCACACCGAGUGCCCGUCCUCAACGACACAGCUUACAACUUCACCAUAUAUAAUGGGACAGUUCCAAAAGCGUUAUUCGAGUCGUCUGAAGCUGGUUCCAUGCUGUGUGGAACAGCCCUCGUACUGGGCGCGGCAGUGGCCACGGUUACCGUCGAUAAAGUUGGCAGAAAGGUUCGCAGUCUAGCAUCCAGCUUUCUGAUCGCUUGGAUGUGGAUCAGUAACUUCCUUAUACUUCGUUACUUCGGUACUAUCGCCAUCUCGCUCGGUCUCCACGCCACAUACUACAUCUGCGCCUCAAUCACACUCAUCGGCGCUGCAUACAUUUACUUGGUGAUACCAGAAACUAAAGGCAAGACCCAGAACCAAAUAAACGAAGCCUUGCAAGGAUCCUGGCUGCUCUUUAAAAGGAAACGCAAAAACCAACGAUGA